ACACAAAAGGUGCAGUGCAAAGCAAAUCUCUUCUUCCAACUGAGCACUUGUGACACCCUCAUAUGUCGACCAUCUUACCGAGGCUUACCAGAGGGGAGAAAGGUCUCCCAAGUUUUGGUUCCAAGUGCGCGAUUGUAAACUUGCGGAAUGGGUCGUUUGGCUGCCAAGCUCAUGAUCAACACCGGAGAAAGUCUGUUCCCGCUUUUUCACGGCUAGAGACGCGGCACUCUCUGUCCUCCGUGUCUUGGGACGAAAUAUCCAGGUGUGCACAUCGUGUUGGGGCACAAUUCUGCUUGUUGCAGCUGUCUGAACCCCGACCAGGUGUCUUGCGGUUCCUGCUCGCUCUGCGGCGUUGUUUGAGCACAGUUGAGGAAAAUACACCAAAACUUCACCGUUCGGCCGGUGGAACAGCACUCGUACCGUUCGGCCGGUGGAACAGCACUCGUCUUUAGCUUCAGCGACACAAUGGCAACUGGGUCGAGCAGCGAGUAUCUCCGGUUCUUGCGAAUUAAACACAAAGUCGUCCAGCGUCUGUUGAAGGAAGUUAAAUACUAUCAGAUGGAAGUGGAGCAGCACCGACAAACGGUUCUUCGGAUGAAGGCUGAGAACCGAGAGUCGAGCGACAUCAAGCAGUUACAGAAUGUGUACGAUGAAACUGUGGUGAUGGUCCCCGACUCAGAACAAAGGCUGUUGAGGGCGUGUGCAGACUUGGAUGAUUACAUGCUCUCGAAUCGUGAAUGCAGAGACGCUGUGCGCAAGAAUACUAUGUUUUUGCGUGAAGCUUUUAGCGCUGCAAACGAGGCGGGUGAAGCUGAUGAGAAAGCGUCGGAAUCAGAUACCAAACUCAGCUCAGUUGUAGGGUUGCAUGCAGCGGGAAGUCUUGAGGCUGAGGUCUGCGACAUCAUCAGAACUGCACAGCUUCUUGAGCACGAGGUGUCCCACCUUCAUAUUCAGUUUAGAGUCUUGGAAAAUGGGCCUGAUAACGCGGGAGCGGAGGGCUGCGUUCCGGAAAGCGAUGACGACGAAGACAUCUGAAUGUGUAUGCUGAUGUUCGGGGCAACGAUGCGACGGAUGGGUUUGUCUCGUGACAAUGUUGUAAUUGUGCCUGGAACGUUGUUUCAGUGUGGUCCUUUUCAAGUUUCUCAAGUGGCGUCGGUGCGUCGACGUUUCGCCCUUUUGAGAUUGGGUUGUGGUCGGGGCUUCCUAACGUGUUUUGUGCUGUAUAUGGUGGCAACUUGGUGCAUUGGUACACCUUUUGGAGUCGGGUUGUAUUCUUUGUUAGAAGCUCGUGAUCAGGUGCGUUGCAGACCAUGAUAUUGGAAUACAGUGUUUCGCAGUUAAACCACAUAAUGCCUAUCUGUGAAUACGCCCGUCAAGCGGGACUGUCCAUCAGUGCGCAC